GCACCAUAUAAGCAGCCGUCCAUGUGUCCUGGUGGCGAAGGGCCUCAACAGCCUGCUCCCUCCCUCUCCUUGUCUCCACGAACACCCUAUAUUUUCCAACUACUAGCUAAUCUCAUACAAAAAUGAGCGCCACUAACGAGAAGAGUAUCCCGUAUACCGAGGAGCCAGCUACUUCGACGCCUGCUGCCCAGCCGGCUCAGGGGGCAACAGGUACCCGUGCAACAUACGCUGCGCCGCAGAUGCAUAUCGACAGCAUCCCGGCCCAGGUACACUGUCCGAAAUGCAACAAGGAUGGGCUUUCCAAGGUGGAGCGCGAGAUGAGCACAUCAACUCUGGUCGCAGCCAUCGCCGUGUGCUGCAUCUGCUGGCCGGCCGGGUGCUACAUGUGCCUGUCGGACUCGAUGAAGGAGAACCACCACAAGUGCUCCAGCUGCGGCCAUGACAUGGGCAAGAUCGUCACUGUUACCAGUGUUGCCCCAGCCGCCCCGGAACCUGAUUCAAAGCCAAGCGUCUAAGAGUUUUCCGUUAGUAUGUUACUCAUAAUGGCUACUGCCGCAAAGUUCUGCUUAUAUACUAGCUGCUUUGCCGGUAUAUGUGGCCACGGCUCGAAUUAUCGAUAAUAUACUCGCCAGGGAUGCCUUUACCGCGCAACUGUCGAACAUAAACACU